CCUCCUCCUCCCUUCCAACCUUUCUCUCCCUCAGGUGGAAGAACAAAAGAAAAAAAAUGGAAACAACCAAAAUCCAAUAGCCAAAAGAAACUCAAAACAACCAAUAAGCGUCAAACUUUUUUCCGCCAUAUUUUUAUGGUAUUUCCCCCCUGCCGAUAACUUCUUCCCCACCUGUUCUUAGAUUUUCUUCCCUCCCUGAUUCUGUUUUCCGGUUGGCAGGCUGAACCCAGAAUCAGAACAGCAACAAAAUGGCGUACAAAGUGGAUCACGAGUACGAUUACCUCUUCAAGAUCGUCUUGAUCGGCGACUCCGGCGUCGGCAAAUCCAACAUCCUCUCCAGAUUCACCCGCAACGAGUUCUGCCUCGAAUCCAAAUCCACCAUCGGCGUCGAAUUCGCCACCAGGACCCUCCAGGUGGAAGGGAAAACGGUGAAGGCGCAGAUAUGGGACACGGCAGGGCAAGAGAGGUACAGAGCAAUUACAAGCGCGUACUACAGGGGAGCCGUGGGAGCGCUACUGGUCUACGACAUAACGAAGCGGCAGACGUUCGACAACGUGCUGCGGUGGCUCCGCGAGCUGCGCGACCACGCGGACUCCAACAUCGUGAUCAUGAUGGCCGGAAACAAGUCCGAUUUGAACCACCUGAGGGCGGUGUCGGCGGAGGACGCCCAGAUGUUGGCGGAGAAGGAAGGGCUCUCGUUCCUCGAGACGUCGGCGCUGGAAGCGUUCAAUGUGGAGAAGGCAUUUCAGACGAUCUUGCUUGACAUCUACCAGAUCAUCAGCAAGAAGGCGUUGGCCGCUCAGGAAGCGGCCAAUGCCUCUGGAGUGCCGCAGGGGAAGUCCAUUAACGUCGCCAAUCUCAAUGGUAACGCUAACAAUAAAACCUGCUGCUCCAAUUGA